AUGUCGAACAAAUGCAUCACACAAGAACGCCUGUCAAAAGAUAUAGCAUCUCGUGGCAUGGACACUUCGGCAACCACAUCGCUUUUUAACAUCUUAGCUUCCACAACUAGGAGCUUCCUGAUGAUUAGCCUGGAAAUCGCCCAAAAGGCGAUCAUUCUUGGGGCACUGUGCUUCGCGUGGACACACAACGCGCUCUUCUUUACACUUCUGGGCGUUCCCAUCGUUAUCGUUUAUUAUGUCUGGAGCUUUCUAUUUCCACAGAAAAGCAACGUGGGAGAUACUCAGCUUGAAGGGAUUGGAGUGGAAAGAUUUGCUCCGUAUAUUUGCGAUACGGAUGACAUUUCAGAGUUGGACUUGGAAAUGGUUGACGAUAACGGUGAUAGAAGGCAUUCCACGGGCCAACCAGUCUGUACGAAACCUGAUAUAGAUUUAGGGCAAAUCGACAAGAAUAGCGGUGGCAUCGUUAAAAAGAGUCCAAAGCGCCGAAAGAACUACAAGCGUUGCCGAAGCUGUGGGAAUUUGAGCAAGAAAGCGGCAGCAAUCGACAACGGUAAUCCAAAGUCGCCACGGGAUCAUCAAAGAUUGAAGACCACAGCAUGCACCUCUCGUCGAGAUGCCGACGUAUCUGAUAGCGACUUGACACCGGAGGAAGGACAUCAAGAGGGUGCUCGCAAGGAAGAGAGAGUGCUUGGCGUUGGACGAUGGUGA